UGAGUCACGCAGACCCACAGCGGAAGCAUUCCAGGUGACCUUUACCACCAAAUGCCAAACGUGCAGGGCUUGUACUUCCUCCAUGUGUGAGACUGGCCCCUGCAUUCCCUCCGGUACCCAGACCCCUGCGCUCGUGCUCCAGCUCGCUCCAAAGCGUGAGCUCACUCUACAUCCUGCCCCCCCACCCCCUCCUCCUCUACCCACCGCGCAGUUGGAUUCAGUUACAGUGAGCGCCAGGAUGGCAACAUAAAAAAAAAAUCUAAUGGAACAACUGAGACGGGAGAACGCUGUGAGGUUUUUACGACGUGCGAAUAGCAAGUCAUAGAAAUAACCUCGACAGGAAAAAAACAAGAAAAGAGAGAGAGAAAAUCAAGAUGCGGGGCAGCGCGAAGGCAUCCGGGGGUCAAGUUCACGCGGCAGCGGAUGCGCGCCGGCUCCAGGAGCAGCUGGCCGGCUGGAUGAAGUGAGACUCGGCGCGCAGCGGCAGCAGCGUGCCACGGCGCGGCCACGCAUUUCGGAUCGGACCUCGGUGGGAAUCAUUUCUGGGGACAAAACAACUCGGCCACCUCGUCCCUCCCCCCUCCCCCUCUCACGGCACAUCAAUGAGGAAUGUGACUGUGUCUGUCUCUGUCCAGACGGGCUUGAUGAAGCCCUCGGCGGUGUCAUGCGUCUUGCCCCGCAGCCAGCAAGCGCGCAACCCCUGCAGCUCGUAGUGUUCCUCGCGCUCCUCCUGGGCGCCGGGGUCGUGCCGUCCCCGGUCAUCUCCGCCGGCUGCCCGGACAGGUGCGUGUGCGACGACCAGCUGGUGGUCCAGUGCGCCGGGCAGCACCUGGUCGCCUUCCCGGCCGACCUGCCGCUGGCCACGCGGCAGCUCAUCAUCUCCAACAACCGCAUCGCGGAGCUGCCGCCGCUGGCGCUCAACUACCUAUCCGACCUGGUCUACCUGGACUGCAGCAACAACUCCCUGACCGAGGUGUCCGAGUCCACCUUCGGGAACCUGCGCAAGCUGGCCUACCUGGACCUCUCCUUCAACACCUUGCGCCGGAUCGAGGACCGGACGUUCGGGCCGCUGGCCAGCCUGGUGAUGCUGAGGAUGACGGACAACCCGGGGCUCUCCGACAUCCACCCGGACGCCUUUUCGGAGAACGAGGCGCUGCAGGUGCUCGACGUGAGCCGGAACAACCUGACGGCGCUCAACAUCACAUCGCUGCUCGCGCUGGCCGCCCUGCGCUCCGUGGGGCUCGGCGGGAACCCGUGGAGCUGCCAGUGCGACAACGAGGACCUCUGCCUGUGGGUCCACCUGGAGACCUUCAAGUUCCAAGAUGAGGGCCGGACAGUGUGUGGUUCACCGGCUGACAUGCAAGGUCGGCGUCUGAGUGAGGUGGGCAUCCAGCUGCGGACGUUAUGUCACCAGACACUGGACUCCUGGGACUACUUUUUCUUCGUUGUCAUCGGCUUCGUCAUCUUCGCCGCCGGGACGGUGUCGGCGUGGCUGAUGGGCGUCGUCAUGGUGCUGUACGAGCGCUACAUCAAGAAGAAGGACGAUCAGCUCGAACUGGAGAACGAGGAGAAAGGUAUUGAGACGGUUGGUGCAUCCAGAGGCAGAACAGAGCGGGGCAACAGGAGCUUAAAAACGUCACAUACUGUUUGAAAGAAUCCGUCCACCAUGGAUUCUCGCAGUGCCUCCUGUAACUCUCCUCUACAGCUGUCUGUGAAGUCUGACAUUAAAUCAAAUCUGAGUCUUGGCUUGCAAACAGAAAAUGGAUAAGGAAUGUGUUUCUAAUCAUUUGUAGGGCGCUUUCCGGGGAUGAAACAGGUUUUUAUUAUUUUUUUUAAGUCUCCAUGCUGGAGGUCCCCAUAGCUGGGUGAUACAUAAACCAUAUAUGCAAAUGUAUGAAUCUGUAUGUUGUAUAAUUCUGUGUUGUGUUUGAGUGGAUUUGUUGAGCAGAAAGGAAGUGAGUUGGUAAAACUGGUAUUAAUAGACCAGUUUGGUGUUUCUAUAAGGCAUCCAGCUUAUUUCAGCUUAUUUUAUAUUUCAGACUUUUGGCCUCUAAAGUCUUCUGAACUAGUUUUACAUUACUGUUUUUUUUAAUGAUGCUAAUAAUCUCCUAUAUCUUUAAGGAAUCUUCUGUUUCCAAAAGGCGCAGUCUGACUUGAAAGGACUGUAUAACGGGAUAGUUCAGGAUGUUUGGAUUGAGUUUAGGCUGAAAUGUUAUCAGCAAUUUAUAUCUUUGCGUCUUCAUUUCACAUCAGUGCAGAUUAGCUGGUUUUGUCGUUAGCUAGUUGAUGCUACCAACAAUCCAGAAUAGGCCCAAGGCUCAAAUAGACUUUUACAGACCAAAAACAACUCCCAAUUUCAAAACGUCAUAUCAGUUUAUGAACAAAUUUCUGCUUUAGAAGAAACACAGGAAAUGGUGACCAGAGGCAGCGCAUCCCUGAUUAUCUUCCUGCGUGAAAAGCGAUGAGACUAGAUCAACAAAGUGUUUGAGGUCAGAUUAACAGUCAGAAAGGAAAGAAAUGCAGUGUAAAAGUCAUACAGUGGCAUUUAGUCAAGCUGCUUUAUUAUGCUACAUAAUAUAAUGUUACUAUCUGCCAUUUUCAUAGCUUUACCUUCAAGUGUUAAAUCACAGUUAUGAUUUGUAAUUGUUUCAAACAGUAAAAAUCCAGUAUUAAACUAGGUAGCGGUGCUACCUAGUCCCAUUGUCUUCUUCUCUAACUUAUUAUUGCAACUUUGUGUAUAAAAAACAAACAUUAUGGCUUACGUCAUUUUUAAUUAAUAGACGUUUACGUAAUUACUUUUAUGUAAAAAUUGCCAUUUGAAACUUAUUACAUUUGAGAAGGAAGAUUAUUAGUGACGCACCGCCUCCAACCUCCAUAUCUGCUGAAAUAGUCACAGGUUUGUCUGUAAAUAUCCAUCCAUUCAAACCUGAAAAUGGUGUAAAAGGUUAUAAGAUAAAUUUCAGGUAAACAUGACAAUUUUCAGAUUGGAGUUUAGGAUUAUGUGGUCGUGGCGGCUCUCAGAUUUAGCCAUAUAGCUUCGAAAUCUGAUCCAACAAAUCUGGAUUUUAAUCAGUUGAAGACGUCGAGACGUACUGAGUCUAUACUGCAGGUAAGACAUUAGCUGCUGAUAAUGUUCUUUUAGUAUCUCACGUCAAAAGUCCUGAAAGAUCAUUUUCGUUUGAUUUGAUGUAAAAGCCUGGAAGGUUGUUGGUGAUGCAUGAAAGACAGGAAGAAAAGCCUAAAGUACCAAUGAAAUCUUUGAAUAUGGACUUCCAUAUGAGGAAUUUUACAUACUUCAGUCUCUGCACAUUGUAACUUUUUACAUAGUCUAAGAGCAAUACAAGUAACUGUGAUGGGAGGCACUGAAAGGUUUAGUUCCCCCGGAGGUGGCACACACGCUAAUAACCUAUGUUUUGGUCUGUCUGCAAACAUGUUUGAUACCACGAAAUUUACUCUGAUUAGCAUAAUGCGAGUUGUAAAGAUUAAAUAAAAAGUAAAGGUCUUUUUUUGUAUAUA